CGGAAGUUUACGUCCGUUGACCCAGAAUUGGUUUUCCGUAGCUGUGAUGUCGGAGGGAUUGUAGAAUUCGGUGCCGGAUUUCUUUUUUUUCCGUGCGCAGCGGCGGACAAAGCAUCUCUUUUAUUCUUGUAAAUCCCGGUUUGGUCGACCAGCGGAGUGGAUGAGCGCUGCUCGUUUUUCUUUUUUACGGCACCCCUACGUAGCGUGCCGUAAACUGAGCCCCUGGUGUUUAGAUGUGACUCCGGCCGCCGUCGACCAUGAGUAACAGCCACCCUCUGCGGCCACUGGCCUCCGUGUCGGAGAUCGACCACGUGCACCUGCUGUCGGAGCAGCUGGGCGCGCUCGUGCUCGGCGAGGAGUACAGCGACGUCACCUUCGUGGUGGAGGGGAAGCGGUUCCCCGCGCACCGCGUCAUCCUGGCGGCCCGCUGUCAUUACUUCAGGGCCCUGCUGUACGGUGGGAUGAAAGAGUCCCAGCCCCAGGCGGAGGUGCGUUUAGAGGAGACGAGGGCCGAGGCCUUCUCCAUGCUGCUCAACUACCUGUACACGGGUCGGGCCAGCCUCAGCUCCGCCCGGGAGGAGGUGCUGCUGGACUUCCUGGGCCUGGCCCACCGCUACGGCCUCCAGCCGCUGGAGGACUCCACCUCUGAGUUCCUGCGCACCGUCCUGCACACCAACAACGUCUGCCUGGUGUUCGACGUGGCCAGCCUGUACUCUCUGAGCGCGCUCAGCGCGGCCUGCUGCGCCUACAUGGACCGACACGGGCCCGAAGUGUUGAAUUCUGAUGGCUUCCUCAUGCUCUCCAAGACUGCCCUGCUGACCGUGGCGAGGCGGGACUCCUUCGCCGCCAGCGAGAAGGAGAUCUUCCAGGCGCUGAGUCGCUGGUGCCGGCAGCACGAGGACGGGGCCGACACCCAGGAAGUGAUGUCGGCGGUGCGGCUGCCGCUCAUGACUCUGACGGAGAUGCUGAACGUGGUGCGACCGUCGUUCCUGCUGAGCCCGGACGACCUGCUGGACGCCAUCAAGACGCGCUCCGAGAGCCGCAACAUGGACCUCAACUACCGCGGCAUGCUGAGUCGGUGCUCGUCCCGUGACCCCGUCAGACAUUCAACGUGGUUUACCGUCCCCGUGUGUUUUCAUGCGUUCGUUUCCUCUGGUUUGGUUUCAGUCCCGGAGGAGAACAUUGCUACCAUGAAGCACGGCGCUCAGGUGAUGAAAGGGGAGCUGAAGUCGGCGCUGCUGGACGGAGACACCCAGAACUACGACCUGGACCACGGCUUCUCCAGGCACCCCAUCGAGGAUGACGGCCGGGCCGGGAUCCAGGUCAAACUGGGCCAGGCGUCCAUCAUCAACCACGUCCGCCUGCUGCUGUGGGACAGAGACAGUCGGUCCUACUCGUACUACAUCGAGGUGUCCAUGGACGAGCUGGACUGGGUGCGCGUCGCCGACCACUCGAAGUACCUGUGCCGCUCUUGGCAGGACCUGUACUUCACACCACGGGUCUGCAGGUACGUUCGCAUCGUGGGAACGCACAACACGGUCAACAAGGUGUUCCACCUCGUGGCUUUCGAGUGCAUGUUCACCCACCGCUCAUUCACCCUGGAGAACGGCCUUCUGGUGCCCAGGGAGAACGUGGCCACCAUCGCGCUGUGCGCCAGCGUCAUCGAGGGCGUGAGCCGCUGCAGGAACGCCUUGCUCAACGGCGACACGCGCAACUACGACUGGGACUCGGGCUACACCUGCCACCAGCUGGGCUCCGGGGCGAUCGUCAUCCAGCUGGCUCAGCCCUACUCCAUCGGCUCCUUGAGGCUGCUGCUGUGGGACUGUGACGAGCGCUCCUACAGCUACUACGUGGAGGUGUCCUCCAACCAGCAGCAGUGGACCAAGGUGGUGGACCGCACCAGGCAGGCGUGUCGAUCGUGGCAGACGUUGAAGUUCGAUAAGCAGCCGGCCUCCUUCAUCCGCAUUGUCGGGACUCACAACACGGCCAACGAGGUGUUCCACUGUGUUCACUUCGAGUGUCCGGCCCAGCUGGACACGGAGGUGAACGAAGGCAGCCCGGGCCCGGACCCCCCCGGCUCCGGGGCCUCGUCCCCUCAGCCGCGGCCCCAGCGGCCCUCGCGCACCCACAGCCUGCUCCCCUCCCAGCCCUCUCCCCCGUCUUCGUCGUCCUCGCUGUCCCUCCAGUGAGGGGGGGGGGGGGGG